AUGCUGAAGAUGGAGGUGAAGCUGAGCUUCAAGCUGCUGAGCAGCAACACGUCGUACGACGAUGCUUCACGUGCGGAAGCACUAAAACUUGCGGCCUGGUUGCCCUUUGCGUAA